CCUGUGAGUUUAGUAUAGACAUCUGCGUCUGUAACCAAAAGGGAUGAGAGAGAGACACAGAAAGAGAAAGAGAGAGAGAGUUAAUUUGUACAGAGAUACUGAAGUAAUUAUAUUUGAUUUUCAGCGUAAAUAAAGAAUGUAUUAAUAAUUAUAAUUCAUGUCGAGUUUAUUCGUAAAUAAAAGAUAAAAAACAAUCAAAUAAAAAUCUAAUCAAUAGAAUAAUUUAUAAUGAAAGUGACGUUUUUCACUGAAUCGGUAGCAUGUUGUGCUGCACGAAUUGGUACAUUAAGUGGAUUUGAAAGAUUUCCUAAUAUUUUUUUCGAAACACCUCUACUUCUCAUUUACACUAAGGGUGGCAGUGUACCACAUUUAACAAAGGAUGUAUUUAAAAUGGUAACUUCAGAGCAACAUCUAUUAUCUGUCUCACUUAGUUCUACUAUUUUAAUGGCAGAUAGUAUUAAAGAACUCAAUAUUUCUUUUGCUGACUUUGUUGGCAUGAAGGACUACAUCAAUUUUUUAUCGAUUCAUGAUCCUGCGUAUACUACUAAUUCUGGUUUUCAGCAACUGGAUUCCAUCUCAAUUUGGUCCAGAACAGGAAGAUCUAGACUUACAGCUAAUAAAUAUAUGGAGCUUGUACAAAAUUUGAAACCAGAUCUGUAUGUUGCUCUGUGCGAUGGUGAUACAAAUAUCAAUAGCAGUGCAAAACGAGUCUCUAAUGCUGUUAGUCGUAGCAGAACUUUAAUGGAACAGUGUUUAAGUAUACAUCAGAGUUCAGAUAUAUUGAAAUCAACAGGAAUUUUGGGUGCAGUCGAGGGUGGCUAUAACUUGGAAGCUAGAAAAGAAUCUGUUGAUCAUUUGAAAAGUAUGCCUUUGACAGGAUUCAUAAUAGAUGGGCUACAUAACAAUGGACCAAGUGUGCAAAACAUUCCAUCUGAAUUAGUUAAACAUGUAGUGCAACAUACCACUAACUUAUUGCCUGCUGAUAAAAUAAGAGUAUCAAUGGGUUGUUGGAAUCCAGCUACAGUACUCGAUCUAGUUGAAUUAGGAGUAGAUGUAUUCGACUCGUCUUAUCCUUAUGUAAUUACUGAACAAUCACAGGCUUUGGUUUUCAUGUGUGAUGACAAUACUUGCGAAAAUCUAUGUGCUAUAUCAGUAGCAGAAAAAAGAUACAAAGAUGACUUUUCUCCUAUUUGUACAAACUGCACGUGUCUUACAUGUCGGAAUCAUACAAGAGCAUAUCUUCAUCAUUUGAAACAUACUCAAGAAAUGCUUGGUUCGGUACUUUUAAUGAUACACAACACUCACUACUAUCUUGCAUUCUUCACUGCCAUACGCGAUAGUUUAAAAAAUGGAACAUUUGGUCAACUUAAAACAAAAAUUCACUUAAAGUAUACAACCACCAACUUUAAAUGAAAAAUUGUAUUAAAUAUGAAAAAAGUAAUAAAUUUUUACUUGUUUAA